AAAUAUUUACCUUGGAGACCUCAACCUGGACCAAGGUCUUGGCCCAGAUACAAAGGGCAACUGCCUGGACCAGGGCAUCGAGGAUAUAAGGCUGGACUUGCAGACCCACUGGCCAGGUGAAGAGAGGAGCAGACGGAGGACUCCAGUGUGUCCAGGUUCUGACCCAGCCACCUACCUCCCAGGAAGAUGGCUAGCCCGUGGCUUUUCGCCUUCCUCUGUGGUUUGCUGACAGCCCCUUUGGCCGGAGCCACCCUCAACUCCCCUGCAGUUCUCAGCCUCAGCUCAGAAAUCGUCAAAGAUAAACUGACACAGGAACUGAAGAACAGCGAUGCCACCCAAAUCCUCCAGCAGCUGCCACUGCUCAGUGAGAUAAAAAAGGAGCCAGCCAGCAAUAUCCCCAUCAUAGGCAACUUAGUGGACUACCUCCUGAACCACAUCGUCUGGCUGAAAGUCACCUCAGCCAACAUCCUCCAGCUGCAGGUGCAACCCUCUGCUAAUGGCCAGGAGCUGGUGGUCAAGGUCCCCCUGAGCAUGGUGGCUGGAUUCAACACAAUGUCAGGCACCUCCUCUCCCAGGCCCAUCGUCAAGACCAUCGUGGAGAUGCACAUGAAGACAGAGAUCCAAGCCAACAUCCAAGUGCAGACCAGCGAGAGCGGCCAACCCCACCUCGUGCUCAGCGACUGCUCCAAUAGCCAGGACAGCCUGACCAUCACCCUGCUGGACAAGACGCUCUCCUUCCUGGUCAACUCCUUAGCCAAAGAGGUCAUGAGCCUCCUGAUGCCAGCGCUGCCCAAACUGGUGAAAAGCCAGCUGUGUCCCGUGAUCCAGAAAGCCUUUGAGGACUCACGUGAAGACCUCCUGGACCUAGUGAAGGUGCCAGUUACCCUCGUCCCUGACCACCUGGAGUUUGACAUUCUGUCUCCUGCCAUCAAGGAUAAUUUCAUCCAGCUCAACCUGGGGGUCAAGUUCCUGGACUCACAAGGAAAGGUGACCCAGUGGUUCAAUGAAUCAGCAGCUUCCCUGACGAUGCCCACCGUGGUCAGUGCCCCUUUCAGCCUCGCCUUCAGGCAGGAUGUGGUGAACGCGGCAGUAGGUGUCUUGCUCCCUCCAGGAGAACUCAUGGUCCUGUUGAACUACGUGUUUCCUGAGCUGGCCCAGCAGCUGAAGACGAGCAUGAAGGCGAUCAAUGAAACGGGAUUCCAGUCUACCAGGGCAAUGGGACUGAAUCAAAUAGUUACACAGGCUGCAGAGAAGCUGGGGCCCACACAGAUCGUGAAGAUCCUAAUUCAGGAGACUCCAGACAUCUUUCUGGCUCAGGGCAGUGCCACAGCGGUCCAAUUGAUUGUGCUGGAACUAUUUGCCACCAAUGAAGUCAACCACCCCUUCUUCACCCUGGGAAUCGAAGCCAGCUCAGAAGCUCAAUUUUACACCGAAGGUGACCAACUGAUGCUCAACUUAAAUGAAAUCAGCUCUGAUAGGAUCCACCUGAUGAACUCAAGCUUUGGCCUUUUCAACCCUGAUCUUCUGAAAGAUAUCGUCACCCAGAUCCUCGCCUCUGUCCUCCUGCCUAACGAAAAUGGUAAACUAAGAUCCGGAGUACAGAUGUCAACAGUGAAGGCCUUCGGAUUCGAGUCACCUUCGAUAUCUCUCACAAAGGACGCCCUUGUGAUCACUGCAACCGCCUAGUAGAAACGUGACCACUGUCCUCUCUCCUGAUGAAGAUGGACAGUCUCCCUUCACAGCAGGCUGGGUCCCAGUGGGGAUGUGGGAGCCAGCUCUGUUGACUAUCCCUCUCUUCAAUAAAUAAAUACUAGUCUGUGACUACUGCAA